CCAAAUAAACCAUGAGGAACCAGAAACCUGGAGAAUAAAACACGAGGAACAAGGAGAGUUAAUUGAAGAAAAAGAGGAGAAUGAAGAAUCAAAUGAAGUUGAGGAGAAAAAUCAUUUCAAAACUGGAGGAAAACCAAUGAGUUGCACUCAAACCAAACAGAAAGAUUUAAAGAAAAAAAGAGUCAAGAAAUCUUUCACCUGCACUCAGUGUGGAAAGAGAUUCACACACAAAACAGGUUUUGAGCGUCACAUGAGAAUUCAUACUGGAGCAAAACCAUUCUCUUGUGAUCAGUGCGGGAAGUGUUUCAAACAAUCCGCAAACCUGAAGAGACACAUGAACAUCCACACUGGUGAGAAGCAGCAUGCAUGUGAUCAAUGCGGUAAAAUGUUUUUAUGGGUUUCACUUCUGAAGAAACACUUAAAAGAUCAUGCAGAGGAGGAGCCACAUCCAAGUCAUUUGUGUGGUAAGAGGUUUUUGCAUCUGCAAAGUUUUAAAGUACAUAAGAAAACACAUACUGCUGAUACAGAGUACAUGUGCUUUGAGUGUGAAAAGACUUUUAGUUCAGUGAGCAGUUUAAAACAGCACCAGAGGAUCCACACUGGAGAGAAACCUUAUAAGUGUUCACACUGUGACAAGAGAUUCAGUCAGUCAUCAAAUCUGAAAAGACAUGAGAGGAUCCACACUGGAGAGAAACCUUAUAAGUGUUCACACUGUUACAAGAGAUUCAGUGAUUCGGCAAGUCUGAAAAAACAUGAGAGGAUCCACACUGGCGAGAAACCUUAUAAGUGUUCACACUGUGACGAGAGAUUUAGUGAUUUGUCAAGUCUGAAAAGACAUGAGAGUAUUCACACUAGCAAGAAACCUUAUAAGUGUUCACACUGUGACAAGAGAUUCAGUGAUUCAGCAAGUCUGGAAAGACAUGAGAGGAUCCACACUGGCGAGAAACCUUAUAAGUGUUCACAAUGUGACGAGAGAUUCAGUCAGUCAUCAAUUCUGAAAACACAUGAGAGGAUUCACACUGGAGAGAAACCUUAUAAGUGUUCACACUGUGACAAGAGAUUCAGUCAGUCAGCAAAUCUGAAAACACAUGAGAGUAUUCACACUGGCAAGAAACCUUAUAAGUGUUCACACUGUGACAAGAGAUUCAGUGUUUCAUCAAGUCUGAAAAAACACGAGAGGAUCCACACUGGCGAGAAACCUUAUAAGUGUUCACACUGUGACGAGAGAUUCAGUCAGUCAUCAAAUCUGAAAUCACAUGAGAUGAUCCACACUGGAGUGAAACCUUAUAAGUGUUCACAUUGUGACAAGAGAUACAGUCAGUCAGCAAAUCUGAAAGCACAUGAGAGUAUUCACACUGGAGAGAAACCUUAUAAGUGUUCACACUGUGACAAGAGAUUCAGUGUGUCAUCAAGUCUGAAAAAACACGAGAGGGUUCACACUGGAGAGAAACCUUAUAAGUGUUCACACUGUGACAAGAGAUUCACUUCGAACUCAGAUUUAAAACAGCACCAGAGGAUCCACACUGGAGAGAAACCUUAUAAGUGUGCACACUGUUACAAGAGAUUCAGUCAGUCAGCAAGUCUGAAAAGACAUGAGAGGAUUCACACUGGCGAGAAACCUUAUAAGUGUUCACACUGUCACAAGAGAUUCAGUGAUACGGCAAGUCUGAAAAGACAUGAGAGGAUUCACACUGGCGAGAAACCUUAUAAGUGUUCACACUGUUACAAGAGAUUCAGUGCGUCAGCAUAUCUGAAAACACAUGAGAGUAUUCACACUGGCGAGAAACCUUAUAAGUGUUCACACUGUAACAAGAGAUUCAGUCAGUCAGCAAGUCUGAAAAAACACGAGAGGAUUCACACUGGAGAGAAACCGUAUAAGUGUUCACACUGUGACAAGAGAUUCAGUCAGUCAGCAAGUCUGAAAAAACACGAGAGGAUCCACACUGGAGAGAAACCUUAUAAGUGUUCACACUGUGACAAGAGAUUCAAUGUUUCAUCAAAUCUGAAAAAACACGAGAGGAUUCACACUGGAGAGGAACCGUAUCACUGCACUGUACGUGGGAAGCAUUUAAUUUAGUCAUUUGUUAUACACAGUCAUAUAAAACAAUCACAGUAAGGCCCCGUACAAACGGAGACACAUUUAGCUGUAUAUGUACAUUUUUCCUGUGGUAUAUAUGUUUUGUCCAGAGAAAUCCGGUGUUUUGGGAGAGUGAAAUCCCUAUUUCUUGAAACUGGGUCCCAGAGUGCAUAAAUCUUAAAAUGACACCUUUGCAUUUUCAUGUGUACAGCCAAUCCGUAUAUUUUGUGAAACAAUGAUGUCAUCACCCCACGUCUCAACCCUACGUCAUGUAACACAAACAACAACAACAAUGGAAGACUACAUGUUUGUGUUCAUGCUGCAGAAGAGCAAAGAGAAUAGAUGAGUGUCAGCGAAAGUGAACUAGACUUUCAGUGAAAAUGUUCUUUGAUAAUGUAAAUGUUCUCUGCUCUGUUUCUGUACAGUGAAAGUGAUAUGAUAAGCAGGGGCGGGUUUAGUGAUUUGGGGGCCCCAAGCAAAAUACAGGAAUUGGGCCCUAUAUACUAAACAAUUUUCUACACAAUCCAAGGUUGAUAAAAUUAUAAACUUUAAAAUAAAUUUAUUUUAUUUACAAAUUUAAACUGAACUGAAGGAAAUUAUGCAUUUAGAUGCUUGAGGAUUAUUUCAAGCAAACAUGAAGUGUGCUUGUUCCUUCACAGAAAUGAGUGAGCACCAUUUAAAACAAUAAACAUAUAAUACACACUGUUGCUUAUUAUUAAAAUACAGCUUCAGAUGCAUGACAUUUUCAUUUGUAGGGUCCUAUGAAAUCCAUUUUAAUUGUUAACAGCAGCAGCUGUCGUCAUAGUUGUAAAAGUUGUUGAAGCUUUGUUGGCCACGCUAAAAUAAAUAGACAUAGUUAAUUUCAGUCUGCCUUUUACCCCUGAUUUGUGGCUGUCAGCUUGCAUGUGAUUUUACAAUCUUAAUUUCCAUUGCUCCCAGCUUAAAUACCGUUUUACAGACGCAGCAAAAUCCUUCCCCGUUUUGCCCAUCAAUGGGCUGCAACCAAACUGUUCACCUUCCAGCCACUUCUUCUGGAAUUUGCUCUUUCCCAUUUUUCUGCUUUUAUUUCCAUGUCAGUUAGCUGUUUUCCAAAAACCCUGCAUAAUGACAAUUUUGC